AUGAAACUGAGACUCCUUCCUUCCUUUGUCAGCCUCCUCCUUGCAGCCCUGCUCUUUCCAGCAGGGUUGUCCAGUGCCUCGUCCAUUAACCACUUAGUCACCGAACCCCCCAGUUUACCCCAGGAUGAAUUUCCUGCCCAAGGAGGAAAUGGGUCUGGGUUGUUGCAUCACAGAGUGAAACGCUUCCCUCCGCGCACCCCCCCUUACCACGAGCCUGGACCAAAUUACCAAAUUGUCAACUGCAAGAAAAAUGAGGGAUUCUGUCAAAAGUACUGUAAUUUUAUGGAAACACAAGUGGGCUACUGUUCAAAAAAGAAAGAAGCCUGCUGCUUACAUCCCUUCUGACGGUGCUGAUCACUGAAGUUGAAGUGACCUGCACACCUGUAAGGUCUCCUGGACUCCGGCGAUGUUCUAGGUGUGGGUGUACUAGAGAGGAACCUAAAGAGAGAAAGACAUCUCUGUCCAUGUCCAGCAACAUAAGCAUUUUAUUAUGACAAAACUAAACAACCAAGGCUGUCUACACACUACCUUA